AGAAUAUGUAGCGUCCCUCGCCCAUUGAACAUUGCUCUGUGGAGUUGUAAGAACACCCACAGUUUACGAACGACGCGGUUCCAAAUCACAAGUCUGCAAAACACACGUCGUAAAACGACACCUUUAAACAAACGCAAAACAAGUUUGUUGGCGCCUCCACCAGGGGACUGCCCGUAUACGAUUUCAGUGGGCCCGUGGCGCCCUCAUCGGUUGAGCAAUAUGUGCAAUACGUACUGGAAAAAACCGACCAAGCCAGCCUGGCCAGCCAGUCAAGUCGGGCCGUCAAGCCAGGCCAUUUGCCAGUCGUCGUCGAUGGUGUGAGAGGCUCUUCCAACAUACGCUCAUUCAAUCCGAGCAAUUUUUCGAUGCGUACCAGCCAAAGUUACAACCGAUCUAUCGCAUCCAUCGCGAAGACGCGAAGUUCGUGCCAUCGCGUCCGUUAAACGCAUCGCGGCGUGAUGAGUUUAAAACGACUGUUCCCGCCGUGAAAAUAGCCUUCCCUAUCGUUGACCCGCGCGGUUGAUGGAUGCCCGACAACGGAGCCCACAAGCACCUCCGUCGACGAGACGCCACCAGAAGAAGCGAUGUCCUGGAAGGUCGGUUUAGGCGACAACCACGACGACCUCGACCUCCAAGGAGAGGUCGACGUCGCCUUCUUCGACUCCGCCCCGACGUACCCCGGCGACCGGACGGAUCUCAAGUCAGCACCGGUCGACCUCGGCGGUCGAGGUCAGUCAUGCCACCUCGCCAGCGCGGACCUGUACCCAGCGCAGCCGAUAGCUAUACCCAGCCUGCCAAUGGACUCGUAUCGGCUCCCGCCGACCCUGAACUCGGGUUUCUUCGGCACCCUCCACCAGCAGUGCGGUGCAUCGUCGUCGGCUCCGGCCAACUCGACGCUUUCGACGGACCGAGACAUGAAGGAUGCGCCCUCUCCGCCGCACAGAAGCAUGGACGACGACGAGCUGGGUUUGACGAGUCCGCGGACUUCGAUAACGGACUCGGACGGUUUGUCGUCUCUCAGCGAAGGCUCGAUGGAAGGACUCUCUGAGUCUGAAUCCAUCACUGACGUAACGCCGCUGCACUCUCCGUACAUGUGUGACAGCCCGAUCCCGACCAGAAAGCUGCCUCGCAGCAAGCUGACCCUGCCCGAGUCUAUCUUGCUGAGCAACGGUUGCGCGCGUGCAGACGACACGAGCAGCGGCAGCGAUUCGGAUAACAGCGGGUCUUUCGCGGGGACGAGACGCAAGACCAGCGUCAAGCUGGCCAGCGGGAAGGUUCGCCUGGGCGCCGCGAACAAGCACCGCCAGCAGAGCGACUCCGUCGACCUGCAGCUUUUGGUGGAUGCGAUUCGACGUCUGGAAGCUCAUCAGUGCGAGCAGGGCCACAGCAGUCGGACACGUAAGAGCGGUGGCGGAGGCGACGAAGGGCAGUCGACUUCGACCACUUCGUCGUCUUCGCUGGCCAAGAACCGCAAGAACAUGUCGUUCUCGAACGAAGAGGUGCAGCGGAUCGACCGGGAAAACCAGCGCUUGUUAAAGCGGAUUCUGGCGCAGCAGAACCGACCCAGACCUAAAUUCGACGCAAGGUCGCAGUCGCGUCUCGCGCCGUCUGCAAUUAACCGGCAACGGCAGCAGCGGCAGAUUGAAGUCGAAAAUCUCGCACUGUUCAAGAGGAUAGAGUCUGCCAAGCCUUCCCGAGAAGUCACAUCCUCUCAAGAGUGUGCCGGUCAUAUCCAACGAUCACGAUCCCACUCGUUGUCGCUGACGCGCCACAACCUGCCACCAUCGUCUGCGGUGCUCGCGGGCCCUAGCGUACCACCGUUGGGCGGCGUGACUAAGCACUUUCCACCCCGUCAGAAGCACCACUCCCACUAGGGGCGUUUGCAAACCUCAUCAAAACAGGCGGCUAUAAAAAAAAAAACAAAAAACACAUGGUUGUCUUGACGUCAUGAUGCUCCAUGAACGUCAAGGAGACCGUGUCCUCCAAGGUCCCACAGGACCGGCUGAAACCGAUAUUGUGAUGACACUUCAGCAGAAAUAUUAACCCUUAGAUCUAAAUCAUGCAUAAGCAGUCCUCGAGCUGCAGAACUAUGAAUUUGCUAUGAUCUCUUGGAAAGUUUUGUGACAAGCAUGUUAAAUAGUUCUAAAUGUCUGGUUCUAUUUCGUUAUUUCUGCAGUUGCCACCGCGUCAGAAGGACCCACUAGGCCCGUAGGUACGACCGAUUUUGCCUACAGGCCUGUUAAAACCCUGCAUUGUAUUGCCCCUUUACAGACUGUUCAGGAAUGGCCAUUUUGAUGGUGCAGUUAAAUCCGAGUGCAACAGUAGCAUUUUCUGCUUGAGGCAUCCAGACUGGAAUCGCCUUGAAGGAUGUUAAUACAGCUAACUGUUUUGUUGCCCAUGGGUGGAAAGAGGAAAGUUUUAAAGCUGCCUUGAACAAUGGUGCUCAGCCAGACACAGACGUCGGGGUGCUCUUUGGCGGUUGUUGGACCUAGAGCUUAUCGAAGACAAUGGGAAGAGUGUAAAGAUAUGAAGUAGCAGAAUGUUACGAAAAAAUGUGUACAGCUUCAUUGCACAAAGUAAAAACAAUGUAGUAAAUGCCUGGAAAAAAAAGAAAAAAAACUUUGUUGUUAAUGUGAAUUUAUGUACAUACUUAUUUUUGAGUAGUGUGCGACGGUGGCACGGCAUUAAUUUAUGUAAAUAGCGUUCCAGUGGCUUAUAUCAGCUGAUGCUCAUGAACCUGGUGGUGCUUAUAUUUGUAAAAGAAUCUCACCUUUUGGAACAUAAAAAAAGGAGAAAUCUGUGUUGCAAGUGUUGCAAAGCAGCCAACGCCCCAAUCUACAGAACUAGCGUGACCAUGUUUCCUGCAAUGACUUGCACUGCAGAUCGUGUUACAAAACGCUAAAUUCUGUGUAGUAUGUAUGCUUGACAGCCUUUCUAGAUGAAUUGGCGAGCUGGGUGCUGAACAAACGGCUUAUUUGGACAUUCCAAAAGCUUUGAUACCAACAUAUGGCAAAAAAAAAAAAUAUCAGGAUUUGGGGGGUAGGGGGGCGCACAAGCCCAACACAGCUUGCACUCAAGCCCGAACUUGUAUACUCCUGUACAAAGCUUGUACAGCAGAUAUGUCCCCUUCAACGGGGAAACUCGCAGCAUUGUGUCAUGCUACAUACUCCAUUCCACCACCCCCAUCCCGGUGCUUCAGAGUAGUGAGAUUUCUGCUGUCUGAAAGUGUCUGCACAAGUUUGAGUCAUCCAGGUGCACAACGUUGGUCAGUGCAGCCUUUGACAGUUAGAAAAAAAACAAAAAACAAGGCCAUGGCAGCUUGCACCCCUGGGCAAGGAGGUGCAAUUAGUUAGGCUUUUCUAAUCGACAUAUCGUUCUGCUACUAAUUGAAAUCGGCACACUUGCAAUUGCAACCAAUGGCAGAAAUUCAAUGAGGGAAAGCCAGCUUAAUUUAAACCCUUCGUCAAGAGGUCACUUUAAAAGGAGCAGAGGCAUACACUGGUUUUUGUCGCAGUAUGAAUUACUACCAAUUUUAGUUCACAUUGCCAAAAUUCCAGACAAGGAAACUGUUCAAGAUUCAAUACCCAGAAUUCCGCCAAUGUUUUUUUUUUUGCUUUACUCACCAACCAGAUGCUAUGCUUGCUUUCUGCUUGUUUGCAUACUGCAGGCAUUGCACUUGUAGUAUUCACGGCAGCUCGCGGUACACAAUUUACAGGAUGUGUAACGGUGGAGUCCAUAAAUUGUGCUGAAAGUUGCUCGACUCUUACCGAAAUGGCCCCCUGAUAAAUAGUAUGGGAUUGUUGCGCUAGCUGGGCCGCGCGGUGCUAUAUAACCGGUUGCAUUGUACGCAGCUUUGCUUUAUGCUAGAGGAGUUUAAGUUCCUCGGUGCACUCGGUACAUAUAACAAAAUUACCGUUUCCUGGAAACAAAUUCCAUGCAAUAUUGACAACACUAAACAAAGCAAGUUGCAACAACAGGUGCGCAAUCCUACGCUAAUCGUCUCAAGCAAUAGAUCAAACGGAAAUUGCCACCAACUUGCGCAACGUUCUGAAGCAUGUGUAGCUCUGUGCCUUCCACGACCACUUUUUGCACAUGUGGAAAGUGCUUGCGCAUGCUAGAAGUGUUCCAUUAUCAGAACAAAGAAAAGCAUUUACAAUGUGAAAUCUACUCUAUUGUGUUCGAUGCUGCCGUGCUGAAAGCUGCCGGGAAAGCAGGGAUGGCUGUAAAUCAUCGCGCAGGUGUUUGGUUCAUAUUGUCUAGUUAAAGCACAUAGCAGAGUUGCCGUGAAAUCGUGAGCAAACACUGCCCGCCCGUGCGACCCGAAACAGAGCUUGCCCACAAGGCACUUCUGUAAAGCAGCAAAGUGGUGCGGGCAGAUACUUUAUUUCGCCUCGUAAGAAGCAAAUACUCGUCGGGGCUCGUCCACACUUGCGAUUGCUUACGGACGGGCAAGUUACCUCUUGCGAUACAUUACGAUAAAAACAUACUGGUGUAAUUUAUCGGGUAGCCUUAAACCAAUAUUUUUUUUUUUCGCAUUAUUUUUUUAUUUGCUUAUAAAGCUUUUGACAAUGUUAAAAACAAUAACUUUGCAUGGAUAGUAUGUACAUUUGAUCUCUCAAAUACUGCAAAACCUUUGCUCUAGUGACAUGCCCUUCAAGGUCCACCUCAUAGCCAGCAUAACUGUCAGUUAUCUUGUCGCAAAACGUUGCGAGGGCUUGAAAUGUGCCCUUUCAUAAGCAGUCGCAAGUGUGUGAACCGGUCUUCAAUCCUCUGCAGUUCAAAAACACUCUUCCUCGAAACUUUGAAAAUGUGAAAAUUAGAACCCAUUUACAGUCUGCGGCCAAAAUUUGAAGCCUGGAAGUGAACUGGGAAACUGUACGUUGUACAGGGAAGCGGAAGUUUGCUCGCUAUUUUACGGCGGUAGGAUCGUAACGCUUCUAGAUCGUGUACGGGCCUGCAAUCUCACGUUUCUCAGGUUCCAACCAUUGGCCCAUUUUGAUGUUUGGUGCAACUUCAAAGUGUUUUAUUGUGUAUAAAGUGUAUGCUGUUAAUAAAAACAAAAACAAGCAGAA